UUUACUAGCCUAUUUUACUUUGACCUUAUAUCAUUUAUUGGUUGUAAUAAAAGCCUGGCUGUAUCAGGAAGAGCAGGACAUUUGCAGGAUUGUCAACACAACGGAUUCGAGGCGACAGUGAAGAUGGAGCCAUGGCUAUAUGCUUUGCUCUCCGGUCCCCUUUGCCUCACAGCAACCUUUUUCAGCGUCAUCUUCUUUUUUAGCCUAAUGAGACCAGUCGCUGGAGUGAUGCUUCGCAAUCCACUGCGCAUCUUGUUAAUUGUUCUGUUAUUUAAUUCAACAUUUCAACAACUGUUUACUGCGCUGACCAUUAUUAUGCUUUUUUUCGAUUCACCUUUCUGGCUUGAACCAGUAACCAGAGCUUUGAUUUAUCAGUUUUUCUGCGGCAACUUCUCAUGCAAUGCCUGGAUCAGCAUUUUCUACUACAUUUCAAUUGUUCCUCAACAACAUCCCAUUUUUGUCUGGAUUAAGAGGAAUAUUAACACCAUAUUAUAUGUCAGCCUUGUUCUGAAUCAAAUAGUGCUUCUAAUUUCUUUGUCUAUUGGAACAGCAGUGCAUUUAUUGGUUGGGUCUGUCCCAAACAAUUUCACCUCACUUGAGAUGAAUAAAACAUCACCAGCUGACCAGGAUUUAUUUAAAGUAUGUAAAUUCACAUAUUUGCUAUAUUGCGCCUCUUCACUCUUCACAUUAUUAUUCUCUUGGGGAAAAAUAUUUGUUUAUCUACGUGAGCAUUUGAAAAAGAUGGGACAGUGCAGUGAAUCUUUUUCCCUGCCCAAGCAGAAGAGCCAGAUGCGGGUCACAGUAACAGGCAUGGUACAAACGGCCAUAUUCCUUCCUAGCAGCCUAUGGACUAUAGCAGUUGCUUUCAUCUACUUCAAAAUGGCUGAUCCCAACAAAUUAAUCACAAUGACAUUCUGCUCAAUGUCCAGCUUGGGAAAUCUUCUGUGUUUUGGAUACUCCCAGUCUGUGUUUCGUCAUGGAAUUGUAAGUGUAUUUAACAAACUAAAGAGACACAAAUGAGAUGAAUGCCAUGUUUUAGGAUUCUGGAUAUUUCUAAUACAUUUUCAUUCUAUCUGAUGUAAGCAAAUGUAUGU